AUGAGCCCAUCUGGCGGAAUAUGGUCGGAGCCAUCCGAUGAAGUGACACCAGAUGAUUUGGAAAAGGAGCCACCGGAAGAGAAACAAGAAAGAAGUUGUCAUCCUCGACGUGAAUCAAGCAGUUACUCGAUGGAAUUUGGACCAGAAAAUGAUGCCGAUGAUGAAGAAGAUAAUCGAACUCGAGAUAUGGAUGAAGACGAUGAGCUCAACCUCCCCAGCCUUCCUUGCUUCUCCCCAAUAGCAAGCCCACUUUUUGCACCAAAGUACAAACAUUCUGCACAGAUGAGUGAUGAUGGGUCAAUGACGACGUUAUCUGAAUCUAUCAUCUCGUUCGGGCGCCGCCACGGCGACCUGACACUAGACGAUUCUUGCUUUGAUCUGCUCAAUACGUCCGCCGAAAAUUCCCCCGUGUUCCCCCGCAACAGCACCCAGGAAUUUUUCCCAAGGAAACCUUCGGUUCCAGAGCCUCAACUAAACCCAAAUGUGAUGGAGUUAAAAGAGAACGAUUUUCGAAAACGCUCUGCAUCGGCCUGCAUCCCAAGGAGUGAUACAGCAUCUACCAUUAAUGAGCCGAGCCCAAAACAGCGACCGCCCGAGCGAUCACUCCGGAAAGUCAGCGUUAAAACGAAGCGCCCAGCUUCGUUAUCAUCGGAAAUAACCCUCCUAUCAAGAGAACAACCGGUGGUGUUUACACUGGAGCCCUCAACAUCUGCAAAAGAUGAAAAGGAAAACGAACCAUCCACUGAAACCUCUUCUUCUGCGACAAGCCUUGCCGAGCGAAAAAAGUCGAUUCGAAAGCCAUCAUUUGAAACGAUGCAUCCGCUGCUGCCAAAAGGAAAACUGUCACGACCAUUGCAGUCGAUUCCGGCCCAGAGUGUCAUGGAAAAGCCGGCACCCAUAACACCGCCUGACAUUAUGGAGAGAUUUAUCUGGGACCACCCACUACCGGGACGUCAGGUUGGAGACCUACGGGUCGUCGAAACAUUACGAGUAAAAGUUUUAUCGAUGAGAGGUCUCCGCGGCUCCUCGUCCCAAAAGCCCGUCUAUAUCCUCGGCAAAUUAGAUAGCAAAGAUAUAUUCCAAUCCGCCGCCAUUGCCAAAGCUGAUAGCGAAGACAUGUUGGAAGAAUUUACCUACGACGUCUCGAUCCCGUUCAAUCAUUUACAUCUCGUUGCUGUAGAAGCCGGGAAGAUCGGGAAACCAGCACGACCAAUCGGGCGUGUGUCUGUGAAACGGAAAGAUUUGAUGAAAGUGGCUGGGAGAGACCAGUUCUACCCUCUUCGAGUGGUCAGCAAAUUCUCCGAUGUACAGGGACAGAUUUGCGUCGACAUACGCCGGAUGAGCUCGAGUUUUUCGAUACGCGUUGUCGACUACAGCGAUCUGAACGUCAAAGACGCCACCGAAUUGUACCUGCACGUCAAGUGCGGGGACGGGGCGAAGGAGGCCAAACGGCUCCGGAUCGGAACGGCCGGGGAAUUGCAGAUGGACUGUCCGCGUGAAGGGCCACUUUCGAUUAAGAUGUCACUUUGGCAUGAACUGCUGAAAGGGUUGAACAACGUGUUCCACGGCCAGGUCCGAGUCGAGGUCGAUGAUCGCUGGAGUAACGGCUCGAAAUGGUUUUAUCUCCGUCCCAAGCAGUCCGACAACGAUAAGUCCCGGAAGGAGGGGGCCGGUCUGGGUGAGAUGAAGCUGUGGUUCUCCUACACGGCGGACCACGUCUUGCCAUUCACUACGUAUCAACCUCUCUUCAACGCCCUUACGACAUCCGUAAAGAUUGAGUACAAGGCGUCAGCGGUGGCUCUUUUGGAAAAUCUUCCACAGGUCGACCUGGGUGCCCUGGCACGACCACUCGUCCAAAUUUUUGCUCACAGCGGUGACAUCCACAGCCUGCUCCAUCUCGUCUAUCGUCAGGAGGUCCGGAAAUGCCAGGACCUAAACACGCUGUUCCGGAGCCAGAGCCUUGCCAGCCGAAUGUUGUUCGAACUGAUGAAAACGUAUGGGCACCAGUAUCUGCUUACCACCCUGAAACCAUUAAUCGAUAAGAUUUACUCGGAACGGAAAAGUUGUGAGAUCGACCCGGCCCGUAUUCAGAAUGGGGAUUCAAUCGAGAAGAACACGGAAACCCUCCUCAGCUAUUUUACCCUAUGCUUUGACCGAAUAGUCGAAUCAUCGGCCAGAUGCCCCAUUUCCCUCAGAAAUAUCUUCGCGGACCUCAGAAAAACGGUAUCGGCCGAAACUGGAAGAGUAGAAAUCGAACGGUUAGCCGAGUCUUCAUUUCUCAUAAUGCGCUUCUUCGCAGCAGCCCUGCUCAACCCAAAAUCGUUCGGCAUCAAGCGAGAUCAACCGGACUCGCGAGCCUCUCGGACACUACUCCUCAUCUCAAAAAUCCUCCAGCGAUUGGCUAAUGAAUGCGUUGCCACGAACCCGUUGACAUCCAAGGAACCCUGGCUGGAACCAAUCCUUCGUCAAGUGACAGAUGAUGCCCACAAGGAAACAAUGAUCCAUUUUCUCGACAAGAUCGCUCUACAGCUCGACACGAAAGCCAUGGCUAAUGAAAGCUUGGCUGUCAUAAAAGAGGGUUACCUUGUCGAAAGCAGACCCCGGACAGCCAGGCGUUGGAGCCUCAUCCCGCAACAGAAAAAGCGCUUUGUGUACUUGACGGAGGACUCAUUGUGUUGGCAAAAAAGCCGGAAAGGGGUUUUGGAUCACAAGGGCUCUGUGCUGCUUGGGACCAUCGAAAAAAUUACCUCCGGAGAGCGGAAUACCUUCAACAUCGAAACGGGCGAAGUACAAGUAGAAUUUGAAGCGGCCUCGGCAGCAGAAAUGAAGGAUUGGGUUACUGAGAUCGAGCGUCAGCGGCUACGUGGAGAUCCAAAUGGUGUUACCCUUGGAGAAGAGCUGUCUGUGAUGGGAAAUGCAGAUGUCGAACGGGCUCUGGAAGAAGUGCAUCUGAUCCUAGUUGAACACGCGAACGUCUUCGUCCAAUGGCGGAAUUCGUUAGAGAAUACUUCGACUUCAUCAGAACCAGCAGUGACAAUUCCGCAAAAUCUGGAACCAAAGGAUGAGGAAGUUCGAAAACAGCUUUUCGCUACACUCGAUAACCUCCUUGCCGCCACCUAUGCUAUCGAAACGAUACAUAGGGAUGCUGUGAGCAAGUAUAUGAAUCAUAUUCGAAACGGCGCCGGUACCCGCGAAAAUCCAAUCGGCGACGAGAACUACUUGCUCUUAAAACGAAAAUUCAAUAUUGACCCG